AUGAGAAUUCCACUUUCCUCUCAGAGCUUUUCUCUCUCCAUGAAAGCUUUGUUCGUGGCUGCUCAUCGUCCAUCAUUUGUCUCUCUGUCUCAGCCUUCUGAUUAUCUAAAAACACCAAUUACUACACCAACAGAAGAGAAUGAGAAGACUAUAAUGAAGCAAAAAUCAUUGCUCAUUUUUGGAUAUCUUCUUUGCAUAAUUUCAGUAAAUAUAUUUAGUCUACCAACAUCAAUAGGAAUUGUAUUGCUGGCUUCUGUUAGUGGAGCUCAGCUCUCAAGUUAUGCUACUUUUCUAUCAGAUCCAUAUGUGGCACCAUUAAGCAUAGUCAUGACAUCAUUAUCUACUAUUUCCUCGGUUUUCAUCACGCCACUGUUAUUAUUGUUGCUCAUUGGGAAGAGACUGCCAAUAGAUGUAAAAGGAAUGGUGUUUAGCAUUACACAGAUUGUGCUGGUUCCUAUUACAUUUGGUCUACUUCUAAAUCGCUUCUUUCCUCAUAUUUGUAAUGCUAUUCCACCAUUUUUGCCUCUGCUAUCGGUAUUGGUUGCUGCUCUCUCUGCCGGAGCACCACUUGCUCUUAACAUUGACUCCGUCAAAUCCUCAUUUGGUUUUGCUAUCUUUUUGCUCGCUGUUGCUUUUCAUUUGUCAUCUUUUGUAGCUGGUUAUAUUCUUAGUGGAUUCGUUUUUCGCUAUUCUCCUGAUGUGAAGCCGCUGCAGAGAACAAUUUCCUUUGAGACAGGAAUGCAAAGUAGCCUUCUUACUCUGGCUCUUGCUAAUAAUUCUUAA